AAAAUUAUAGCCGAACAAUGCAGUACACGUCAAAAAUACAAUUCUCCAUUUUCUGGCUGGUUUGCCGUAAACAAUAGCAUCCACAAUUUGUCCUUUGCGUUACGUUUUUGUUAAGUGUUAUGUCUUAAUAGAUCUAUUUUUAUACAAAAUGAAAUAAUAUCAUAUUAACUAUUGACUUCAACAGGAUAAAACGGAAAACAGAAUCGCCCACAAAGUGCUGGAAGAAUAAACAACAAUGGGUCGACGAUCGCAGAGGAAAAAGGGUAAACGUAAGCAGAAGAAAUCCAAAAAACAAGACGACAAAAUCGAAUCGGAACUUGAAAGUUGUCAUUCGCAAGAGCCAGAAUCCGAGCUCGAACCUGAGCCAAGUCCGGAACCGAGUCCCGUAUUUGGCCCAGAUCCCGUAGAACGUCCACCGUGGGAAGACAACCUGAGAGUACCACCGAUACUGAUGCAGUACGACUCUAGAAUGAAGAGGAAAGCUCCAAAGAACAAGAAACACGAUCCUUGUUCGCAGCAAAUGAGGCUAUUGAGGUAUCUUACAAAAAGGGCGGUUGGACGAUCUCGGGUCCUCGGGGUUGUCCCGCUGGAUAAAAUCGAACCGCUGGUUGCGCACAAUCGCAAGUCGGCUCGUAAAAAACCACAGCGUAAAGCGGACAUGACUCCAGAGGAACAUGAGCAACGGACACGGGCUGCCAGAAUGUGUCCUUGCGAGAAGGCAAGUCCGAGUCCGAGUCAAAGUCAUCCCGAGCGUUCGAGUCCAGUGGAAUCCAGCAAAAUCAAUAAAUACUUUAAAAUCCAAGAGGCCAUGAACGAGGCGAUGGACGAAAAUACUGAUGAGACCAUGGACGAGCCAUUGGUCGACGAACCUGUGCCCGAACCCAUGCCUGGGCCAUCCAAGCAGAGACGUCUCGUUACCCCUGAACCAACGUUGCAUGAUGCAGGAACUGACACCGACAGCAUCGAUUCGGAGCCCGACAGUACGACUACCGAGGGCCUGACCACGGAUAACACAGGAAGCACCGAUAGCACAGGUUUUGAGCCAGAAAACCCCGAAGAGGAGUUUACAAUGUAGGAGAAUAUUUUCUAACUAUAUUGUAUAAAUAAAUAUAAAGAGAGAAACUAGUAAUUGACAAAAAUACAGAUUGCUUAGAGAUAAUGUAACAAUUCAAUCGGACAAAUAAAACAACAUUGUUUUAGGAUGAA